AUCAGUGAUGUGUACUCAACUAGGAUCAUGUUACUUCAUUCGUCUGUCACGGACCCAUUUCUAGAAGUGACCUCUGUGGUGCGGUGCUAGCUGUUGGCAGUCGAUGAAAUUAUGUCCCUGGCGAAGGUUUACAAUGAAAUCAAAGACUGUGUGUGGUCUUGGGUGGAAUCGGUGGCCUCUUGCGUCGGGGCCACCGAGGCGGCCAGGCUGUUUCAACUCGCUCGCCUGUUUUCCUCGAGUGAUCAAGAGUUGCAACAAUCGGCACAGCUGAAGUGGAUACCAGGACGUCUACAGGAAUGGUUACUGAAGAAAGCCAUCCAAGUGUUCGGGGAGCGAACCUGGAAGUAUCAGGACUCCCUCCCACCUCUACCUGUACCUCCUCUCAAAAGCUCGCUGGAGAAGUACUUAGAGUCAGUCAAACCAUUUGUUACGGCGGAGGAAUACAAGGAGACGGAGGCAGUGGUGAGGCAGUUCGAAGUAGGGAUCGGCCAAUCACUGCAUCAACAGCUACUGGAGAGGGCAAAGGUCAACAGGAAUUGGCUUGAAGACUGGUGGUUGGAUGUGGUGUACCUGCGGUCUCGCCUCCCGUUACCGUUAAACUCCAACAUCUCCGGCUCCAUCCCCACGUUUGACCACAUCUGGCCACCGCAGGACGGAACCCUGAUGGACAGGGUCCCCCUGCACCUGUGGUACGGACUACAGAUGUGGAAACUACUCAGGAAGGAGCAAAUACCAGUUGACAAGGCUGUGAGAACAGGCCAGCCGUUCUGUAUGGACCAGUUUCGUAAAAUGGUUUCAACUCACAGGAUUCCUGGUGUGACCAUGGACAGGAUUGUCUCACAUUUUAGGACAGAGGCUGAAGGUACUGCACCUACCCACAUCACCCUGCUCUGUAAGGGUCGUGUGUUUAAACUAGAGGUCAUUGACCCGGAGGGCGAACCCUUGACCCCACCUGAACUCAAAAGACAACUGGACAGCGUGAGACAACAAUGUGAGAACGCUCCAGAGGGACCUCACAUCUCCACACUGACGGCAGAGAACAGGACCAAAUGGGCAAUGAUAAGAGAAAAGCUGAUGACGAUGGAUACAGUCAAUGCCGAGAACCUGUCAGUUAUAGAACAGAGUAUCAUUGUCCUGGCGUUUGAUGAUGCCUUCCCCAAGAACCAUGAAGAGAAUUUUUACGAGACCCUGGCAGGCAAUGCCCAGAACCGAUGGUUUGAUCAUAUCAACACCAUAGUGGCUUACAGGAGUGGUCUAUUGUGUGCAAACUACGAGCACUCCCCUGCGGAUGCCAUGGUCCACGUGUACUCAGGGUACUUCAUCAAUUCCCAGCUACAACGGAAUGGACCACACUGGAAGGGAAGUGUUCCUGAUCGGGUGAUACCUCAGCCAGAGGAACUGGUUUUUACCAUUGAUGACGAGAUAAGAGAGGCAGUGGUGCAGGCUGAAAAAACAUUCCUCAAACAGGCAUCAGAUUUUGAAGUCAUCUGCCCCAGCUUCACAGACUAUGGCAAGAAGUUCAUCCGCAGUUUCAAACUGCACCCUGACUCCUACAUGCAGACUGCCCUGCAGCUGGCUUACUUCAGACUACAUGGAAAACCGGCGCCGACAUACGAGACAGCAACACUGCGACAGUACUACCACGGCCGGACUGAGACUGUCCGGUCCUGCACCAUGGAGGUGGUCAGCUGGUGUCAGGCCAUGCUGGACAACACGGUCCCCGCAGAAGAGAGGAAAGAACUCAUGAUGGCUGCAUUCAAGAAGCACAUACAACUGAUGGAGGAGGCAAAAAACAUGCUGGGGUUUGAUCGGCACCUGUUUGGGCUCCAAGUCCUGGCCAUGGGUGCAGGGAUUCCUCUGCCGGCUAUCUUCUCUGAUCCUGCUUACUCAAAAAGCGGAGGAGGGGGGAACUUCGUCCUGUCCACCAGCCUGGGGGGGUACACCCCCUGUCCCGGUGCCGCUGCUCCCAUGGUGCACCACGGCCAUGGCAUCUUCUACAACAUCCAACCAGACAGGAUAACGUACAGUGUGAGUGCCUGGAAGAGUUGUGUAGAGACCAGUGCUGAGGAGAUGUCGGGUAGUAUACAGCACUCUCUCAGGGACAUGAGACAGCUUCUGAUGUCGUCAUAAGGUGUAGGGAAAAAAUGUUCUGUUUCCUGUUUCAGUCCUGGAAAAAAUUAGGACCCGUAGGUAGGGAUUAUCUUUUUUUCUUCUUUUGAAAACAUAUGGUUUUUACUCAAAUUUCCUCUUCUCCAAACACUAACCUCUGACCUGGCCAAUCACAUGAUUUGU